CAUCAGCUGUUUCAAUCAGGCUCAACGAAGCUAGCUAGCUGCUACUGCUAUCAAACAUAGCUCUAGCCUGCAUAGCCACUGUUCCGGUAGGUAUAGCUACACAUGUAGCAGCUUUGUAAUAGUUUGACAGCACAUGGAAGACAUGCGAGUGGACAUGCGAAGAUGUGACUGCAUAUAGGAAAACCUGAAGAUGGACAAGGAGAGCAAACUGUCAUCUGCUGUUCAGUCUUUUGACUAUAAACAACAGAGGAGACAGAGAAAGGAGCCUGCUGAGCCACACACAGCCUCUUCACCACGUCUGAUGUUACCAAAUCCUCAUGUGUCUGAGCAGAGUUUAAGAGGGAACUGGUCGCCAGGUCUGACGACAAAGCAGAAUCCAUCAAAUACAUAUGAAGUGCCAGCAGGAAGAGGAGAUAUGUCAAGGAGUUGUGGCUACAGCAGCGGUCGUUGUGAUAGAGUCAUCGGUGAUGAUUUCCUGCAGAGAGACAGGUCCACGUGGGAUCCACAAGCAAAGACAUCAAGAGGCAACAAUGGCUCUCUUGCCAAAGGCAGGGUUAUGGGCAAGAGCUCACUAGAUGCACAGAAAAAAGGUUUUAGAGGUGCCAGAUCUGCCCCAAACUCUGCAGAGAAGCCAAAACCAACACAGACAGACUUUGUCCCAUUUGAAGUGAAGAUGACCGAUUUCCCAGAGUUAGCUGGUGGUUUGCUGGGCAAACCGGGCCCUCCUUAUGUUCAGAGAGAGUGCUGGGGUCCAACUCAAACGCAAACAUGGGCAUCUUCCUGGAAGUCUGUCAGGAGAGUCUCCCAAACACAGCCUGAUCCCCAGAAAGAUAACACUAAUGCUAAGCCAGAUUCCUCUGCUGCUUCACCAGGUCAGCUGGUGAUGACUUCCUGGGCUAAUGUUGCCUCUCAGCCUCCAAAGAAACCUAUCCCUAAAGAAAGAACAAUCCACAGCAAUCAAAUACAGAUGGAGGAAAAGGCUGCACAGCAGGAAGGGGGAACUCCAGGGAAGAAAAAACGGAAGAAAAAGAAGAAGGCAGCUAAAGGUGAAGAUACAGAAGCUGAAUCAGAAGAGCCAGCAAUGUAUCAGGAGCCUCCAAAAUUUGAGGAUGAAGAGGAGUUUCCUGGCUUGACUCCUGCUCUGACUAGGACUGAUAGAUUGAUAACAAGUAACCAUGCAUCAACAAUAUGCUAUGAGGUACAUAUUGAAAACCAAAUAUCGCAUCAGUCUACCAACCAAACCAAAGAAAGAUUACCUGCAGCAAAAACUCAGCCCACAGAGACAGCUAAGAAAGGACAGAAAGCUGAGAAGGUGUCUGGGAAGAAAAGCAAAGUUCCUGUGAAACUGGACAUCGGAAACAUGUUGGCCGCCCUAGAAAAGAAGCAAUCUCAAAAAGCCAAGCAGGAUGCCAAACCAGUCAUUCUCUCAGUUGGCGGGGGACUACCUGUUGUCCAGAAGCAACCUUUAUCCCAGAAGAAGCUGUCCAGGCAGCAGGAUAAAAUUGCACACAAUCCCCUGGACUCCACCAGCCCUUUGGUGAAGAAAGGAAAGCAGAGAGAGGUGCCCAAAGCCAAGAAACCCACUCCUCUCAAGAAGGUAAUUUUGAAAGAACGGGAGGAGAGGAAACAAAGACGUUUGCUGGAGGAGAGAGGACUGCUGCCUGAAAAUGAACUCCAACCUGCUGAUGAUGAUGAUGCUGCAGAAGAAGAACAGUGUGACACAAAUGCCACAGCCUCAGAUGAGGUUGGGAGUCCUUCAGAAGAACCUGAUGAUCCGUCAGAGUUUAACAGGACAAACCAGAUGGCGAAAGAGGGGGAUGAAAAUGCUGACAAAGAUGAGAACGUAGAGCAACAAACCACCUCACCUGUGCCCUGUCCAGCUAGUCGACCCAAAAUCCACAGCAGAAAGUUCCGAGACUAUUGCAGCCAGAUGCUGAGCAAAGACGUGGAUGAGUGUGUGACGGAUCUGCUGAAGGAGCUGGUUCGUUUCCAGGACCGCUUGUACCAGAAGGACCCCAUGAAGGCCCGCAUGAAAAGACGCAUUGUGAUGGGGCUCAGAGAGGUCCUGAAGCACCUCAAACUCAGGAAGGUCAAGUGUGUUGUCAUCUCACCCAACUGUGAACGCAUCCAGUCCAAAGGAGGCCUGGAUGAGGCUCUUUACACCAUCAUCGACACUUGUCGUGAACAGGGGGUGCCAUUCGUGUUUGCCCUAUCCCGGAAAGCUUUGGGUCGCUGCGUCAACAAGGCAGUGCCUGUCAGCCUGGUGGGCAUCUUCAACUAUGAUGGUGCACAGGACAUCUAUCAUAAGAUGAUCGAGUUGUCGUCUGAGGCCAGGAAAGCCUAUGAGGUGAUGGUGUUGAGCUUGGAGCAGACAGGCCAGGCGGAGGUAGAGGAGUCGGUCGACGUGGAGAAAGAGCUGCACAUAAGCAGCCUGGCUGAGGAACCUGAGCCCGGUCCUGAUGCCACACAGCCAGAGGAACCAGAGUACAUAAAAAUUUGGAAGAAAAUGUUGGAGAAGGAUUGCAACCAUGCAUUUCUGAACUUUGAGAAGCAGCUGAGCUCCAUGCGCUUGGAUAGUGUAUGCACUGAAAGCACUGGUGAAGAUGAGAAGAGUUGACAGUGGCAAAGCCCUCUGUGCCAACUCUAAAUGACUCACUCG